AGUGGUUGUGUGUCUCUGUGUUGGCUGGUGACCAGUCCAGGACGGACCCGUCUAUCACCUGAAGUCGGCGGGACAGACUCCAGCCCCCCGGUUGAUGAUGGGGGGAUAAAACAUUCAGGAAAACACAAGGUUUCCUUCGUCAUGAGAGCAUGAUCACAGUAACUCUUUGAAAGGGGAGGAGUUUGACCUUUGACCUCUGAGCAGCUGGGGGACUGAGUCUCGGUCGGGACAAACUCUGAUCUCUGUCCACCUCCGACCGGCAGACCGACUACAACAUGGACAAUAUGCAGAAUGUGGACGAGCUCUUCAAACCCGGCUUGGCCGCCGCGCUCAUUAAACUGGACCCGAAGGACGGCGAGCAGAUCGUGGACUACGUCAGGACUCAGGCGCUGCUGAUUAGAGAGAAACAGCGUGAGAGACAAAAGACACGUUGGGAUUUAAAUCCACGUCCAUAUGUCCUUUGUCUCUUUGUCUCAAACGUUGUCUGUUUGUGGAAUCCAGCGACGGGAGGUGUGAUGCGGUUUGACAAGCAGAGGAGACGCCCCGCGAAAGCGUUGCUCUCCCCGGCCCCGCCUCCUCCACCUUUAAGGCCCGCCCACACAUCACCUGUCACUCCACCUGCUGGAGACAUGGCUGCUCCUCCCCCCACCUUACAUGACCGUAGAGAGAGACGGGACAGGAGGAGGACAGGAGAGAGGAAAGGACGUCCCACCUGUGACUCCCUCUCCAUAGGGGCGGAGCCUCGCGUUGACGUGUCGCGAUUGGACCUGCGGGUCGGGCGGAUCCUCAGCAUACGGCGCCACCCGCUGGCCGACGUCCUGACGGUGCAGGAGGUGGAGGCCGGAGAGACGGCCCCCCGAACGGUGGUCAGCAAGCCGGGGGGGGAGACACAGCUGGAGGAGGGCAGCUUGGUCGUGUUGCUAUGCAACAUCAAGGCCCGUAAGGUGAGGGGCGUGGUCUCCCAGGCCCGCCUCCUGUGUUGCUCCGCCCACGAUGGCCGCAAAGAGUUGUUGGCCCCGCCCACGGGCUCCAGUCCCGGGGACCGAAUCACCUUUCUCAACUACCCCGGUAAGCCGGACCGGGAGCUGCAGUCCAGGGACAGGAUUUGGAAGAUCCUUCAGCCCGACCUGCAGGUGGACUCGAGGGGCGUGGCCAACUACAAAGGCCGCGGGUUCGAGGUGAGGGGGAAGGGACUGUGCCGGGCCCCCUCCCUCACCAACGCCGUCAUCGAGUAGACUCCCCGCCACGCGCGCUCGCUUUUUGUGAAAUCUGUUAGCUGGUUAGCAGCCUAGCUAGUGCCGUUAGCUGACCAAAGAAGAAGAAAAAAAACGGUUACAUUGAAGUUACAUCAGUGUUGUUUAUUGAUUUAAAAACGAAAAACACAAUCAGCUGUUGACUUGAGUUGUUUGUAUAAGAGUUUAAAGUUACAAUACAAUACAAUGUGUACUACCAAAAUAAAACUCAUACAUUAUUUAAA